AUGAUCGGGGGCAUUUUUCCAGUUCUCAACAAAGAGAUCAGCAGCUAUUUUACGUUUGAUAGGGAGCCUCCUGCAGCGAUCUGUAAAGGGUUUGACCUGCGAGUCUUUCGGUGGACCCAAGUGAUGAUAUUUGCAAUUGAAGAGAUCAACAAAGAUCCUGCUCUCCUUCCGAACAUAUCUCUAGGUUACUGGAUCCUCAACUCUUGUGCAUCUCCCACUAAUACGUUACGAGCUGCAUUUACUCUGGCUCGUGGCCGAGAGGAGAUGGCAUCAGCCUCUCCUUGUCCUCCAGCAAUAUCUGCUGUCAUAGCAGAGUCAGGAUCAACUCAGUCUCUUGUUGUGGCUGGAGCUCUUGGACCAUUUCAAGUCCCAAUUGUAAGUUACUUCUCGACAUGUGCCUGCCUGAGUGACAGAACUAAAUAUCCUACCUUUUUUCGGACAAUCCCCAGCGACUACUUUCAAGCAAAAGCGCUGGCAGCUCUGGUCCAACAGUUUGGUUGGGAGUGGAUUGGAGCUAUACAGUCAGACAACGAUUAUGGGAGGAAUGGUAUUCUGGCUUUUACUGAAGAGGUGAAAAAAUUUGGGGUUUGCAUUGCAUUUGUUGGUACGGUUUUGCGAACAUACUCGAUGGAGAAAAUUCUGGAUGUUGUGGAAAUGAUCAAAAAAUCAACUGUCAAGGUAAUCUUGGCUUUUACUCCCGAGGGUGACCUAUACCCUUUGAUGUUAGAGGUAGUGAAACAGAACAUCACAGGAAUUCAGUGGAUUGCAAGUGAAGCAUGGAUAACAGCACCGCGACCCUCCACACCUGAAAUCUAUCAUUCUUUUGGUGGAGCCCUUGGGUUCGUGGUGCAGAAAAUGGCUAUCCCUAAGCUGAAGCCAUUUCUCACAGGUAUUAAUCCUUACGUAGAUCCAGAAGAAGACUUUGUAAAGGAUUUCUGGGGGAUCAUUUUGGGCUGUGAACCUGUUACUGAUCACUUACAGAGGGUGAAUUUCAGGAAUCAGUUUGGAGAUGAUGUGUUUUUUGAUGAGAAUGGGGACCCUCCGGCUUCCUAUGACAUUAUUAACUGGAAGCUGAAAAAUGGGGAGGUUCCAACAUCAGUGUGCUCUAAUGUUUGUCCGGUAGGAACCAGGAAAGCUCAAAUGAAAGGAAAACCAACAUGCUGUUUUGACUGUAUUCCAUGUGCUGAUGGAACUAUAGCCAACUCAACAGACUGCACACCCUGUCCACAGGAAUUUUGGUCCAAUCACAGGAAAGAUGAGUGCAUUCCCAAAACACUUGAAUUCCUGACAUAUCGUGAGCCCAUGGGAAUAGCUCUGACAGUUGUAUCCCUGCUCGGGGCCUCCCUUUCAUUGGUAACAAUGAUGGUUUUUAUCCACUACAGAGAAACGCCUGUAAUAAAAGCCAGCAACUCAGAGCUGAGCUGCUUCUUGUUGUUUUCUCUUUUCCUGUGUUUCCUCUGCCCUCUCACUUUCAUCGGCAGACCAACAUUCUGGACAUGCAGGCUGCGUCACACAGCUUUUGGAGUGACUUUUGCACUUUGCAUUUCCUGUAUCUUGGGGAAAACUAUUGUUGUUGUAACAGCUUUCAAAGCCAAAUACCCUGGGAACAAAUUUGUACGAAAGUUUGGUCCUGUGCAGCAAAGGAUCAUUGUUUGCUCCUGCACUUUGAUUCAAGUGGUGAUAUGUAUAUUGUGGCUGAAGCUCAAGUCACCAUUCCCAGACAAAGUUUUCAAAUACAGCAAUAAGAAAAUUGUCUUAGAAUGCAACACAGGCUCCGAGGCAGCCUUCUACAUAGUACUGGGAUACAUUGGGAUCCUUGCUUUAAUAUGUUUGGCCUUUGCAUUUCUUGCCAGAAAGUUGCCUGACAUCUUUAAUGAGGCCCGAUUUAUUACAUUCAGUAUGUUAAUAUUCUGUGCAGUCUGGAUCACCUUCAUACCUGCAUAUGUCAGCUCUCCUGGCAAGUUCACUGUAGCUGUGGAAAUAUUUGCAAUUUUGUCAUCAGCAUUUGGCUUAUUAAUUAGCAUUUUUGCACCUAAAUGUUACAUAAUAUUGAUAAAGCCAGAGAAAAACACCAAAAGGCAUGUCAUGGGAACACGUAACAAAAAAAUAUGA